AGCUGUAUGGUAAAGGCCAGUAGGGGGGAGUCGGUUUCAAAAAUCCCUCCAAAAUCUUUAUAUAGGAGGGAGAUCAGGAAGGGAUUUUAGAGCUGAUGGACCGGUCCAAUUAUUCCGAAGCAGGGGGCUUGUUUUGCGCGAGCCAACUUCGUUACUUUGGAUGUGUUCCGGUUGUCGUCCUUAGCAGUUAGCAUUUAGCUAUUAGCUAUCCAAUGUAAACAAGGUGUAAACCGAAUGGAAACAUUGCACACAGACGAUAUAAGCUUCGUGUUUGGUUUCGUCCUCACGUCAAACAAAACGACGAUGUAAUUCAGCUAAAUAAACUGCCCGAUAAUUUAGAAAUUGAAACUUUGCGUUUCUUAUAAAAAACAAACAAAACAAAUCCCGAGCGGUUUCUUCUUCGUUGGUGUGAGUACGGCUAAAGGAAAUUAAUAGGAGAAGUGGAUUCAUGAGAUUUUCUCCAUAUCUGCCUAGUUGUGUUCAUGAUUUAAGCCUGCGAUCUUUUUAUUUUUGUCUCCACACCUCUUGGAAGACUAAACACUGUCUUUACAUCAUCCACAUAUCGUUAUUGUGUCUUUUCUGUGGCUGCUUCUCAGUCUGGAAUCUGCAGAGCAGGUGUGAAACUGAGAUCCUGUUUUACAGCAGAAAUAUUAGGGAACACACACACACACACACACACUCAGGGAAGUCAGAAAAAGAGAUGAAAACCCUGAGCUGAGUUCCCCAGAGCCUUGUGGAUAUCUGCUCUAACUGAUAACUGCCUCUUUUGGACACGAUGCCCGGUCCAGUGGCUGGAAGCACAGCUCGGGUUUAUGCCGAAGUGAACACACUGAAGAGCAGAGAAUACUGGGACUAUGAAGCUCAUGUACCAAACUGGAGCAACCAGGAGGACUAUCAGCUGGUGCGAAAGUUGGGACGGGGGAAGUACAGCGAGGUGUUCGAGGCCGUUAAUGUCAACAACAGCGAAAAAGUGGUGGUGAAGAUCCUGAAGCCCGUCAAGAAGAAAAAGAUCAAGCGAGAAAUCAAAAUCCUGGAGAACCUGAGAGGAGGAACAAACAUCAUCCGGCUCGUGGACACCGUAAAGGACCCAGUGUCUCGAACUCCAGCUCUCGUCUUCGAGUGCAUCAAUAACACUGAUUUCAAGGAGCUGUACCAGAAGUUAACAGAUUUUGAUAUCCGGUAUUACAUGUACGAACUACUAAAGGCCCUGAACUACUGCCACAGUAUGGGCAUCAUGCACCGUGACGUCAAGCCCCACAACGUCAUGAUCGAUCAUCAACUGAGGAAGCUGAGGCUGAUAGAUUGGGGUCUGGCUGAGUUCUAUCACCCUGCGCAGGAGUACAAUGUCCGAGUGGCAUCUCGCUAUUUCAAGGGUCCUGAGCUGCUGGUGGAUUACCAGUUGUAUGACUACAGUCUGGACAUGUGGAGUCUGGGCUGCAUGCUGGCCAGUAUGAUCUUCAGGAAAGAGCCUUUCUUCCACGGCCAGGACAACUACGAUCAGUUGGUGCGGAUUGCUAAAGUCCUCGGAACCGACGAGCUAUUCAGCUACCUGCGCAAAUACCACAUUGAACUGGACCCACGCUUUAAGGACCUGCUUGGGCAGCAGACGAGGAAGUGCUGGGAGCAGUUUGUGCAGGCAGAGAAUCAGCACCUGGUGAGUCCAGAGGCUUUGGACCUGCUGGAUAAACUACUGCGCUACGACCACCAGCAGAGACUCACUGCCACCGAAGCCAUGGAGCACCCCUACUUCUACCCAGUGCUGAAGGAACAGUCUCUUACCAACGUGAAUAACACUGUAGGAUCAGAAGGAUCCAAUGCAGCUCGGUGAACAGAUUUUCAGAAAGCUGAAAAAUAACUUGUUACCUCAGUUUACCCUUCGUGGCAGAAACCUCUCAAUGUGUACAGCUGAAGAUGGGCAAAAGCAGUAUUGACCAGUUUACACCUUUCUCACACACACACACACACACUUACACACACACAAGCGCAACAUUGUUCCUCUCCGUUUCAGUGAAGGUCGAUCUGUCCCCUGUACCUCCAUAGGCGCUGAAGACAUUUUAGUUGGGAGAUGAAGAUGCCUCCUGUUUUAUUGAUAGGUGAGGAGAGUUGUUGGAGGAAUAAGGCCAGUCUCUGCCCCCUCGUACCGUGACCCUGCCUUUGUUUACCUUGCCGUGAAGAGUGAAGCACAGAUACCCCGCCCUCACUGUUCUCCUCACCGGUCUGUCUGUGUGUUCAGUAUUCAGACCCCAGUGUGGUGUCUUAUGCACCACCACACCGAUGACGUGGCAUAUUGGACCUCAUUUCUCUCUGCUCUAGCUAGAAAAGUAUUAAUGACAAUAAAUGACUUUUAUUUAAA